AUGGCCGCGGAAAGGGCUGUGCUCAAAGUGGAUUGUUCCAACUACCACGGGGGAGCCCCAGGGGGAUCCUCUUCGAGCCGCCGAUCCUCGGUGGCGAGGGCAGCGAAGCAAGAUGAAGAUGACCGGGAGUCCCUGUCCUCCGAGUUGCCCUCCAACUGCUUUGGCUUCGUGGCCUACUCAGUGAACCCAGGGGAGAAGUCCCGGGUGAAGGUGAAGACCACGAGCCACCAGCAUGCGUCCUGGUGCGAGACCGACCGCAUAGUGACCCCGUUGCCCUCCCACGCGGCCUCUCCGGGUCCGAUCCCCUCGCCACGUGAGACUCCCUCGCCCGUGAAACUCCGGACCAUGUUCCAGCAAGAGCCAGACACGGAGGACAGGCAGGAGCGCCACUCCAAAAAGAGAAAGUACAGAGACGGGAACUUCAACGAUCAGCUUGACCUCCUGUGGCUGGGAACAACUUCCACCAUGUCCACCUCGGCGAGUUCCCAGUUGAACAAAGGCAUCAAGCAGAUGUACAUGUCCCUGCCUCAGGGGGAUAAAGUCCUAGCUAUGUAUAUCUGGAUUGAUGGAACUGGGGAAGGAUUGCGAUGCAAGACCCGGACCCUGGACAGUGAGCCCAAGAGUAUAGACGAGUUGCCCGAGUGGAAUUUUGAUGGCUCCAGUACUAUGCAGUCGGAAGGCUCCAACAGUGACAUGUAUCUCAUUCCUGUUGCCAUGUUUCGGGACCCUUUCCGCAAGGACCCCAACAAGCUGAUAUUCUGUGAAGUCUUCAAGUACAACCACAAACCCGCAGAGACCAAUUUAAGAUAUACCUGCAAACGGAUAAUGGACAUGGUGAGCAAUCAGCACCCCUGGUUUGGAAUGGAGCAGGAAUAUACUCUCAUGGGCACAGAUGGACACCCCUUUGGUUGGCCUUCCAACGGCUUCCCUGGACCCCAAGGUCCAUACUACUGCGGCGUGGGAGCAGACAAAGCCUACGGCAGGGAUAUUGUGGAGGCUCACUACCGGGCCUGCUUAUACGCUGGCAUCAAGAUCGGAGGGACAAAUGCCGAGGUCAUGCCCGCCCAGUGGGAAUUCCAAAUAGGACCCUGCGAAGGUAUCGAAAUGGGAGAUCAUCUCUGGGUGGCCCGUUUCAUCUUGCACCGAGUGUGUGAAGACUUUGGAGUGAUAGCAACCUUCGACCCCAAGCCCAUUCCCGGGAACUGGAAUGGCGCAGGCUGCCACACCAACUUCAGCACCAAGGCCAUGCGAGAGGAGAACGGUCUGAAGUACAUUGAGGAGUCCAUCGAGAGGCUGAGCAAGCGGCACCAGUACCACAUCCGAGCCUAUGACCCCAAGGGGGGCCGGGACAAUGCCCGGCGCCUCACCGGGUUCCACGAAACCUCCAACAUCAAUGACUUCUCCGCCGGCGUGGCCAACCGCAGCGCCAGCAUCCGCAUUCCCCGGGCUGUGGGCCAGGAGAAGAAGGGGUACUUUGAAGACCGGCGCCCCUCUGCCAACUGUGACCCCUUCGCGGUGACCGAAGCCCUCAUCCGCACGUGUCUUCUCAACGAAACUGGCGACGAGCCCUUCCAGUACAAGAACUAA